AGACUGUUGCUCUGCAAAACAGUGCUGCUUUGAGCUCUGCGGCAGAAGAGCGUUAAGUGUUAAUAUUUGCAAGGCACUGUUGUAUGGAAGCUCAGAGCCCUGCUCAGGGGGAACAGCCAGACAGGAAAAGUGGCCAGAAAGGUAUAAAUCAAGUGCAUGUCAGAAGCUGACCUCAAGGGCAUUAGUGGAGUAACCUUCUGUUUCAUUCGAAUUGGCAGCCUCUACACUGCAAGAACCAUGAGGAUUCCAGCCACCUUGCUGUACCUGCUCCUUGUGCCUCUCAGCGCUUCUCAUAUAAUGCACUGGACAUACAAAGCAGGAGAGCUGGAUGAAAUGCACUGGGGAAAGCACUUUGCAGCCUGUGCUGGCAAGCACCAGUCCCCCAUUGACAUUCAGAAGAGGAAAGUGAGGUACAACCCGCAACUGACGCAGCUGGAGCUGACUGGUUACGAUGGACCCUUGCAGGGGAACUUCACCAUGACCAACAAUGGGCACUCAGUCCAGAUUGAUUUGCCACCCACCAUGCACAUCACCAAAGGGCUCCCAAGCCUCUUCACAGCUGUCCAGAUGCACCUGCACUGGGGCGGGCUCGACCUGGAGACCAGUGGCUCCGAACAUACCGUGGAUGGAAUGAGAUACUUCGCGGAGCUGCACAUCGUCCAUUACAACUCCGGUAACUACUCCAGUUUUGAAGAAGCAAAAGACAAGCCGAAUGGGCUGGCAGUGCUUGCUUUCCUCUAUGUGGAUGGGAAUUUUGAGAACACCUACUACAGUGAAUUCAUUUCGAACCUGGCCAAAAUCAGGUUUGCUGGGCAGUCAACCAAGCUCAGUUCACUGGAUGUCCAAGCCAUGCUGCCUGAAAACCUCUCACACUUCUACAGGUAUCACGGCUCACUGACCACACCGCCAUGCUCAGAGAGUGUGAUCUGGACAGUUUUUGACUCUCCCAUCAUCCUGUCACACACACAGAUCAAGCUGCUGGAGAAUACCUUGCUGGACUGGCAGAACAACACCCUGAGGAAUGACUAUCGCCACGCUCAGCCUCUCAAUGACAGAGUGGUGGAAUCAUCUUUCAAAGCCAAAGGCGCCAAAGAACUCUGUCUGCCAGAAGAACUCAGCUCAAAACUGGAGCAAAUACACACUCAGCUCCAGGAAAUGAAGAAGCAUCUGCUGGCUGGAGUGGGCCUGACCGGCCUUAAAUCUAGUGCUUUCCCAGCUUUCUACUUUCCCGCUGAAAACAUCAUGAGCUAUGUGGCCGUCCGGCCCCUCCGUGACAUGAAGCUCCAGGCCUUCACCUUGUGCUUUUGGAUCCAAGCCCAGAAUCGAGGCAGUCAGACCAUUCUCGCCUAUUGCACCCAGGAAAGAGACAACGAGCUGGUGGUGACUGUGGGCUCGGCCGUGGGGCUGUGGGUAGGGGGCCGCUUUGUUGAGUUCCCCCUGCACCACAAGUCUGAGGAGUGGCUCCACUACUGCGUGGCAUGGGCUUCCCACUCCGGGGCAGCACAUCUGUGGCUCAAUGGAGUGGUGGGGAGAGAGAUGAACCUCCAGAGAGGGUACGUGAGCCAGGCCGGAGGGACGCUCGUCCUUGGGAAGGACAGAGAUGAGCUCCUGGGGAUCUUCUCCAACGGGUUCUCCGGGUGGAUGAGCCACGUCAACCUGUGGAGCUGGGUCAUCAGCCACGCCGACAUCCGAGCGCUCGCCUUGUGCAGGCGCAGUGAGCUGAAGGGGGACGUGAUCGCCUGGGGGGAGACCCCCAUGAGUCUCUCAGGGGGAGUGGUGCUGGAGUCAGACCCCAGUUGCCAAUGACAGCAGGUUGAAUUGGUCCCCUCUUUCUGAGCAAAUGGGGAAGCACAUUUGUACAGUGUGUGAUUUUUCUAAAGCACCUUGGCUAACUGGCCAUUUCUCCUUCUGCUUUAAGUUUAGAGUCAUUAAACACGCAGGAUAGUGUGACACGCAGGGCCCAGACACCCCUCGGGGAGAAUAGAAGGUUUAAACCCCAAAACAAAGCCGUGGAACCAACAGAUUUUAUACUGUGUUAAUAUGCUAUAAAGGUCUACUGAGUAAGGUCUUUUUUGGAUGCUUGUAAUGUUCUAAAGUCAAUGGUCAUGAUUAUGCAAUAUGUCCACAGACUGUGAUUAUGUAUUUAUGUAUAUAGAAAUCUGUGCUCAUAAUCUAUGGUACAGCUACAACUCCACCUGACAUCCAGGCAGCAGGCAGGGAGGGGCUGCUGCCUCCCGAGACAGCCGAGACUAGCCCCAGCCUUGUACAACCCAGCGAAAGACAAAUGACAGGCCAUUAGAGUUAAUGGGAAGACACAGAUAUCCCAGCUAGAAUUCCUGCCUCGCCAUGAAUAACCAUGAGUCAGCAUGGGGGGGAGCAGGGAGGGAGAGAAGACAAGUCUUAGGGACCAGCUUGUAGAUGGGAGCCUGUCUGUGAACACUGGAUUCCCCACUAAAGCGAGGGGGUACUCUUGGGUACCGUUCCAAGUCCCCAGCAAUAGGUAGCUUGCAGUAGAAAAGGGAUUUUAUCCAAUAUAGAAAUGUAAUGCCUGCAACGGCAUCUUUAUGUCGGUCUACUGUGUGACUUGUAUGGGUUUGCUCUUUCUUACUAUUUUAUCUUUGGAUCUAUGGUUCUUCUAUUAAAUAAACCUCUUGUUUAUUCCCCCCCCACACACACCAGGUCAUUGUGGAGUGUGCACCCCACAGUGAGCUGAUCACUUCGGGGCUGCUUUCACACCUUUGGUAUCCACUGCAUGCAUCCGAUGAAGUGAGCUGUAGCUCACGAAAGCUUAUGCUCAAAUAAAUUUGUUCGUCUCUAAGGUG